GCAGGGUGCACAUCUUCCCCCCUUUUUGCACACACACAUGGACACACACGCGAAUACAAAGAGCUGUACGACCUUCCACCCGGUGCCUUGUCUUGCGAGGGGGUGGGCCCCCUCCUGUUGCUCUCCAAUCCAGACCGGGGCCAUCUUGCCUUCUCCCGACUGCUCUCCCAAGUCACGGGGCUCCCAUGUCGUUCAGCGCCACCAUCUUGUUCUCGCCCCCCCACGCUAAAGAGGCCAAAUGCUGCUGUUGCGCCUGCAAGCAGGAGCCGGGGGCUCCCACCCCUGCCCCACCGCCGCCUUCCCCUCCCUGCACCCCCAUCACCAUUACGGGGACCGGCUUGACGGUCCAGUCCUCGGAACAGCUUCUGCACGUCAUCUACCAGCGGGUGGAAAAGGCCGUCGGCUUGGCCGAGGUGGCGCUGAACUUGGCGAAGGCCAACACCGACGCCCUGAGACGUCGGGAGGAAGACGUGGCGGCCCUGCGCCGGGGGCCGCCCGUUGCCUUCAAAGCCAGCCCCCUGCGCGUGCCCGAGGAGCCGCAAGAGGACCCCGAAGAUGAGGAGGAACGAGAGGCUGAAAGCUUUGGGAACGGCGUCCAGGUGGUCAUCGAAGAAUUGCGGCAGCUGGGAGCAGCGUCGGCAGCAGUGGGGCGGCCCGAGCCCUUGGCCUUCUCGCCCGUGCCAGCCCUUGGCGGAGUAGCCGAGGAAUGCCCUCCAGGAGAUGCCCCAAUGCAACAGGUCUACGUUCCUCCCUCUUCUCCUACCCCGCCGAUGCCUCAUCAGCCCCCUCUACAACCUCUGGAUGAGCCCCUCUCCUGUCCAGAGGUCUCUCCUAUCAGCACGACCCAUGAAGAUGCCACGAACGGGGAACCCCAUUUCUCCUUAGGCUUUGCCAGCCUCCCUUGCAGAAGCCGAAACCUUGGGCAGAAGAACGCCAGGCGUAAGAGGGACCUGGUGUUAUCAAAACUGGUCCAUAAUGUUCACAACCAGAUCACCAAUGAAAAGCGGUUUGAUGGCGCGGAAAGCAUUAAGUCUUCAUGGAAUAUUUCUGUAGUGAAAUUUUUGCUGGAAAAAUUGAAGCAUGAAUUGGUCUCAAAUCAUCAUAACUAUACUGAUAAGGAACUAAAAGGGGCCUGUGUGGCCUACUUUCUGACGAAGCGACGCGAGUAUCGAAAUUCUCUCAAUCCUUUCAAAGGGCUUAAGGAGAAAGAGGAGAAGAAACUGCGUAGUAGGCGCUAUCGGCUUUUUGCAAACCGCUCAGGGGUGGCACGGCUGCUCGGCUCGGAAGAGCAGCAUCUGUGGCAAGGGGUAACCGAAGAGCUCAUGUCAGAUGAGGAAGACAGUGUCAGCGAGCCCGGCGUGUGGGUGGCGCGACCCCCCCGGUUCCGAGCUACGCCUCUCUCUCAGCUCUGCUACCGGCUGGAUGCCAACUCGAAACAUGGCACGAAAGCCAACCGCGUGUAUGGGCCACCCUCCGACCGCCUGCCCUCGGCAGAAGCCCAGCUUCUGCCCCCGCAUCUCUACAACCCCCACUUCCAAGGGGAAGACCCCAGAGCUGGCACCCCUUCCCACCUGCCCAGCCACAAAGGCUUCUGCCCUGACCUCAGCUCUUUCGUGGAGAUCAAAGUGGAAAAGGAUGAGUGACCGAGGACCCCCUUGACUCGUGGCAAGAGGACCAGCAGAAGGAGAGGAGCUCAUGUGAAAGGCGUUCUUUGCUAUCUAUUUGGGGCGAGGAGGAAAGCCAACCGCGGGCCAGAAUUGAAACAGUUUUUCUUAGGAGCCUGCUUCUCUUUAUUCCCUGGUAGGGCAGUGAAGAAGAGGUGGAUGAAUCUAAAAAAGAGAACCUUCAGUGUUAGAAUGGCAGUUCUAGAGCAGAGAAGGAGGACUGUGUAACCUUUUAGGGGGAAGGAUUGCAAAGAGAUUUCUCUCCCUUCAGACUUAAAUUUAAGUCCAAUGGGAAGCAAAGUAGAGAGUCUCCAAAAAGCCACGUUUGCAUCACGAACGGGGUUGGGUGAGAAAUUUGGGUGGAUGAACUCUUCCCGCCUUGGAGCAUUCUUGCGUUUCAGGCACCAAGGCUGCUGGGGAGUCUGUGAGCAUUGGAGGGCCAUCGUCAGUGAUAGUUGUGCUUUUAAAAGAGCAACCGCAAUUCGGGGGGGGGGGGAUGUACUUUUUCAAACUGAAGCAUCCUGCAGGUAUAAACGAUAUAGAUGGACUCUUCUCAGGAUGUGAAGUAAAGGCUGGGUCUUGAUGGUGGGGUAAAGUCUGCAGGGUGGGGUCAGAAAGAGCCAAGAAGGUGGGGUCAAAAAAACUGUGAAACCCACCUUGACUCUUUUGACCACAUCCUGCAGAUAGCCCUGGUGGGAUAUGUGUUGAACAAAAGCCUGCUAUUGCUGUCAACAGGGUUCCUGCCUGUCAAAAGAUGCUUAGGUUAUUCAUGAAGAUUUUUCAUUGAAAUCAAAAUUUUGGACUUUGGGACUCUUCCUAUGUUGGUGUGAUACCUUAAGCUCCAGCGUCUAGUUCAG